GAAACUUUCACCUACUCACAUUCUCAUUUUCUUCUCUCGUAAAACCCCAACUCGCUCCUCGCUCAUCGCUCACCCAGCCAUGGACAAUGCUCCUCUGCCUUCCGAGGCCAUGUCCAUCGACGGAUCAGCCCUCGACUCUUUCCUCUCAUCCUCCGCCCACUUAACUCACCACGAAGUCAUCACCCGCCGAUCUCGCCGUGUCAAACAACUCGCCAAGAUCUACCGAACCCACUACUGGGCCCUAAUGGAAGACCUCAAAGCCAAGUACAAAGAGUACUACUGGAAGUACGGGAAGAGCCCGUUCAAGGGAGAUGAAAAGAAGAGAAAGACAGACGGUAUUAAAGAGAAUUCUGCAAAUGGAAUUCCAGAAUUGAACGGGAAAUUAGGGUUUAAAGAGGACGAGGACGUGGAGGAAGAGGAGGGGAUUAGGAAGUGUGCGGUGGGUGGAUGCAAGGCGACGCCGAUGGCGUUGACCAGGUUUUGUCACCCGCAUAUACUCUUGGAUUCCAAACAGAAACUGUAUAUAGGCUGCACCUUUGUUGUUAAAAGUGCCCAGGGAAGACCUGUCCAUUGUGGGAAACCAAUACUGAGAUCGGCUGUCCCUGCACUCUGUCCACCUCAUUUUCAAAAGGCUGAAACAUAUGUGGCACGGGCCUUGAGAAAGGCAGGUCUUAAUGUCUCUUCACCGAGUAAGAUUGCUCCCAAAUUUCAUGUCAUAGUCAGAGAAUUUGUUCACCAGAUCCAGACGAAAAGAAGAGCUGCACAGAAAGAAGAAUUUCCUAAACUUCAGAUUAAGGAGGAUAAAACUUUGUAAGGCCCUUGAUUGUUGCAUCAAAUCUUCUUGUGUUUGUUUAUGGGCUGUUGGUGGAGCUGGAAAAUUCUAGCAGUAUCCUGCUGGAAGAGCUUUGGAUGUUGGACUUGUGCUUAGAAUAACAACGUUUGUGCAUACUCAAGGUGUUCUGGAUGUACACAAUACCCUUUGCAAUGAUAGAUUGUAGUCUCAUCAAAGAUCAGAUCCUGCAAUCUUUUAUAGAGGAACUUCUUGGUGUAAACCAAAAGGAUUGAAGAAAUCAAGUGUAUAUUCAUGCUAAUAAUUGUUGAUAAGUGGAAGAGAUUAAUGAGUAUAUUUGGCUGACACUUGAAAAAGCAUUGCUAGGAAAGUUGCAAAAUUUUCAUUUGUUUCCUUUAUCCUUCUAGGGGACUUGCAUGAAUAUUGUGCUGCAUAAAUGUGCACUGAAAAUUUUGAGUUCA